CCCUUAGUGUUUUGACAACUGCCAUCUGUCAAAAACCAGUUGAUUGCCCCCGCACAAAAUUCUAACUGUAUUUUCCUUUGUUCGCUGUAUUUUGAAUAGUGGAAUGUUAAAUGGGGACGUCGGCGUAAAGAAACAAUGUUAAUUUGACCCGAUCGAGUCACCUCAACUCUCCCCAAAAAGUGUACUUCUCAGUGCAAAAUGGCCACUAGAAGCAAACCCGGAAGCAAACAUGACGACCAAAGCGUGGAGACCCUGGCCGAGGUUUUCCGCUGCUUCAUCUGCAUGGAGAAACUGCGAGACGCCCAUUUGUGUCCGCACUGCUCCAAGCUGUGUUGCUACGUUUGCAUCCGUCGGUGGCUCACCGAACAGCGGUCGCAGUGCCCCCAUUGCCGGGCCUCGCUCCAUCUGCACGAAUUGGUCAACUGUCGCUGGGUCGAAGAGGUCACCCAACAGCUCGAUACGCUCCAAGCCGUCAACUUGAACAGCAGCAGAAGCGACGACAAUGACCGGGACAAGUGUUCCACACAUUCGGAGAAACUGUCCGUCUAUUGUUGGACGUGUCGGUGCUGCAUCUGCCACCAAUGCGCUUUAUGGGGCGGCACUCACUCUGGUCACACUUUCAAGCCUCUCGACGAAGUCUAUGAACAACAUGUCACCCAAAUUAAGGACGAAGUGGCACAACUCAGACGCCGCUUAAUGGAACUUAUCAGUAUUGUACAAGAAGUCGAACGUAACGUCGAAUCGGUUCGUUCGGCAAAGGACGAACGCGUCCGUGAGAUUCGCAAUGCCGUCGAACUGAUGAUUGCUCGUCUCGACUCGCAAUUGAAAACGAAACUGUUGACUUUGAUGGGACAAAAAGACUCGCUCACGCAAGAAACGGAACAGUUGGAGCACCUCCUCCACGAAAUCGAGCACCAAUUGCACACAUGCACCCGCUCGGAGAUGAUCUCGAAAAGUCCAGAGCUGUCUCGGAUGAUCCAUGCCAUUAGGAAGAAACCCAUGACGAGUUUCGUCACUGCACCGGUUCCUGCAGACUUUCAUAGCGAAAUUGUCCCGGCUUAUGACAGUAGUACUUUCGUAAUGCAUUGUUUCACGCAAUUGCAGAGAAAAGCCGAUCCGGUGUACUCCACUCCUUUGCACUGUAAUGGACUCUGUUGGCGUCUCAAAGUAUAUCCAGAUGGCAAUGGUGUAGUCCGGGGCAACUAUUUGUCGGUUUUCUUGGAAUUGAGCGCUGGAUAUCCCGAAACGUCGAAAUACGAAUAUCGGGUUGAAAUGAUCCAUCAAGCAAGCCGUGAUUCAUCGAAAAAUAUCGUACGUGAAUUUGCAUCCGAUUUCGAAGUUGGCGAGUGUUGGGGUUAUAACCGAUUCUUUCGAUUGGAUCUUCUAGCCAGCGAGGGUUACUUGAACGUAGCCUCAGACACACUUGUUUUGAGGUUUCAGGUGCGCGCGCCUACUUUCUAUCAACGUUGCCGUGACCAACAAUGGUAUAUCAACCAAUUACAAACCGUUCAAAACCAAUACAUUUCACAAAUCAACGAAUCAAAAGAACGUCUCGCUGCUGAAAUCUCACGAAAUGCUGUUGCGGCCACACUGGGGGCUGCUACACAAAUCCCCGAUAUUGCCACAAUUGGUAUUGUCAAAAGUAUGUAUAAUAUGACACCAGUGGCGCCCGAGGAAACUCAACCAAUGCCGUCAACUUCGAAAAAUGGCGUUCCGGAAAAAUUCGAUAUUACGGCCUUGGCUAAGAAUUUGAUGAGCAAUGCUAAUACGAAGCAAGGGUCGACUACGACGGGGCCUGGCGAUUGCCCGAAUAACACAAGUGGUUCAUCAUCCUCGAGUUCAAUCCAGACGCAAGUUUUGACGAAGAAGAAGGAAACUGGACGCCAGACAGGCAACGAAUCGGCGGGCGCAACUCCCCGACAUUUAUUGGCACUUGGGGGCUCACUCAGUUCUCCGAAUUUAUUGAAUUCGAACGUUUCGUUCACGCUUUGUAGUAGCAGUAGCGAAAGCGAUUUGAGCGAACCGGAAAACCUGAUGGAGGAGUUUGAACCGGCCGAAGUGAACUUGAUCAGUACUGGAGACAAUUCAAAUGAUGAAAACGACGUCGACGACGAGACAAUGUCAGGUAACGGUGACGGAAAUGCGCAUUACUCACAAAAUUCUAACAGUCCUACUAACGAAGCAGCCGAAAAAGACGGGGAGAAUGAUGUUGAGUAUGCGGAAUUUUCAAUGACGCAGCGACUCAUGAUGCGUGAUUCGAGUCCUGCAGCUGCAGGAGCCACGGCUCUGUCACCCACCGAGGGUAACUCCUUUGAAGACAAAUUAAUGCUCCUGCAACUGUUUGAUAGAUUAGAGAAUUCGCCACAGAUGACACCUAACGCUUCAGUGCCCUCUACUACUCGCUCUCAAACCGACUUGCCCCCCGCCAACCUCGAUCUAGUUCUCCUAGACAACUUAUCAAUCAAAAGCGAUGAUCAACCAUCGCCGACCGUACCUGACGUAAUUAAUCGUAGAAAGCUGCGAAAACGCUUCAAAGGGGGCGCCACUAGUGACGGUGCAGCUGCGGCCAACCCAUCAUGGACUGAAACUGUACCAUUGAACACGAAGGAGUCCGUGAUGGGGCCCUUGGAGUCGUUCCUGCGGUCGAUUAAUUGCUACCCUGAACAUGACCAACAUCGCAAGAAACAUUCUACGAAACGGAAACCCCUCAAGGGGGCCGAACGCAUACUUGGUUUCGCUUUACCACAACCAGCGUCACCGCCACCAUUGGGUGACAACGUCGAUGGUAAUGUACAACCAUCAUCAUCCAAUGGUUUUAGCUGGACGCCAUCUUUACUAAGUCAAAGGCGACCCAAUAAAGUCAAACUACAAACUGAUCUCAGCAAACCGGAAAAGGAACCCAAAAAUGGAAGGUCUGAUAAUCAACCUCAUUCCGCCUGAACUGUGUAAUUUAUUAUUAUUUUUUUUAUUUAAUUUUUUACUUGGUAGCGUCGGUGGACUAAUACAGUACUUAAUCAUUAAUCCAUCAUUCCAAUAGGAAUUAAAAACUAACUAAACUUAGGCUGUGUGAGUUGUUAACUUAAUGUAACGUUAGCUUUGAAUGUCCGUAAAUAAAAAUUCAAGGCCAGAAAUUUGAUUUUUAUUAGU